GUCAUGAUGUUUGACGUCUUAAUAUAUUCAUACAGAAAGAGAUCCUAGAGUGUCGUUUAUCACUUUUGCAUCAAAAUUUUUUUAGAAAUUAUUUGGAAAUUACGCAAAUGGAACAACCGAUUGAUAUUCGAGCUUUGGAAGAAGCUGUUUUAAUAUUUUAUCGUUCUAAUUCAACGGAACAGGCAGCGGCACACGAUUGGCUGACAAGAGUACAAUGUAGCCACCAAGCUUGGUCAUUUGUCUGGGAGCUGAUGAAACCAAACAAGUCAUCAGAAAUACAAUUUUUCGGAGCCUCCACACUGCAUGCCAAACUAAUGAAAUUCUGGCAUGAAGUUCCCAAAGAGAACCAUGAAGAAUUGAAACAAAAAUUAUUGGAGACCAUUGUCGCUUUUGGUGCUGGUCCGAAGAUCGUUCUAAACAGGCUCUGCAUAGCGCUGAGCGCCCUGAUCGUCAAUAUGCUAUCGGACUGGCCCACAGCUAUACCAGACGUGGUGAACACAUUCCAGAAUCAACAGCUACCGAAUGUCAGCGAAAAUACACAAAUUUGGAUUAUGAUGGAAGUGCUAUGUGGUGUACCUGAAGAAGUGACGGCCAUACAUACGUCAGUGCAGCGAGUGGCACUACGCAGUACAGUCAAUUCACAUGCUCCGUUUGUGUUCAAAACAGUGGAACAGUACAUUAGUCAAAAGUGCGAAGCAGUUCUCGAUGACCAAGUGAUGGCCACACUGUUACGGGCAGCCAAGUGUGCUACGAUAUGGUUUAAACUGAACGGUUUCCCAUUAGACUCUUGCCAGCUGUUGGCUUCGUCUUUGCUCAAUUUGAUUCACAAUUGCUAUUGGCGUGGUAUUCAGAGUGACGGAUGUAUGUCGGCGGAUGAGAAUGAAUUAGCAGAGGCAUGCUUAGAAGCACUAUCGGCAAUGAUGACGCAACCGGAUUCACAGCGAUAUUCGAACACAGCGCUCAUACUGCUGAACAUGUUUUUGUCGAAAUUAUCGCCGAUAACGCAAGCCGAAUGGAAGGAAAAUAACUCGAACGAAGACAUUGCCGUCAAUAUUUACACAUUGUUUAUCUCGUCGAUUGAAUGCCAUUCACGUCUGCUGCUAGCUGGUUUAACGCGCGAAAGCUCCGAACAUCGCGACUUGUAUAUGAGACUCAUUCAAGAAAUAAUCAACUGCACCAGCAAACCGGGCAUUUAUCCAGUUGAAGAAUCGUGCAGUACAUUGGCUAUGGGAUUUUGGUAUAUGUUACAGGACGAAAUAUUAUCGAAGGAUCACCACAGUGAGAGUCAGACUGCUUGUUUGGAGAUGAUAGUUGAAUUGUACAAGCAGCUGACGAAAAUUUUGGUACGAAAAGCUCAGCAACCGGACGAAUCAUCCAUUGAUAAGUGGAGUUUGGACGAUUUGGAGGCUUUUAGAUGCUAUAGGGAGGAUAUAUCAGACACUUUGAUGUACUGCAAUGAGGUUUUACAUAGCGAAUUAUUAGAAAUUUUAUCAAAUUUACUGGAAGAGAGUCUGGUUGCAAUACAGCAAAAUUGGACGCAAUUGGAGUCGUGCAUUUUUGCAUUCUAUUCGUUGGCCGAACAUGUGGACGUUUCGGAGAAGAAGCAUAUACCAAAGUUGAUGAGAGUCAUACAUGAGUUACCAUACGACAAACUGAAUGAUAAACUACUGGGUACAGCCCUGGAGACGAUAGGCGGCUAUUGCGAAUGGUUCAAAGCCAAUCCCGAAUAUCUACUGUCAGCAACGGAACUUCUAGUCAAAGGAUUGAAUUCAUCACAAGCUUCCCUGGCAACGCUAGGCUUAAAGGAUCUGUGUCGUGAAUGUCAGUUGGAAAUGAAAUCAUAUGCCGAACCAUUGCUGCAGGCGUGUCAACAAUCAUUAGCCAGUGGUCGGUUAAAGAAUCCCGAAUCGGUUCGAUUGAUGUAUUCCGUUGGGAAGAUACUGAGCGUUCUGCAAUACGACAAAAUCAUCCAGUACUUGAAUUUGAUGGUGUCACCGUGUUUCGAGGAAUUACAGCAAUUGACUCAAAGUGAACAAUUAAAUGAAUCAGCCAAAAUUAGGACUACUUUCCGGCUCAAUAUGAUAGCGACAUUAUUUCAAUCGUUAAAUAUAAAUAUUGACGAGCCGCAACGUGAUAGUGCACAAUCGGAGAAAUUGGUGCAACCGGUGCUAUUUGUGAUGCGAAAUAUGAUGCACAUUUUUACGACGAUAGGAAAAUUGUGGAGUAAGGAACCGCUUGUGAUUGAAUCGCUGUGCAAUGCUUUGAAGUUUGCAUUGAACAAUUUGUUAAACGACUUCAAGCCGAUGUUACCGGAUUUGUGCGGUCUUGUGGUGUCCAUUAUUUAUUCGAAAUUUGUACCCCCAGUGGAAAUCGCCCAGAAAUGUAUAAUUUUAUUCUAUAAAGAUGCAGAGUGCCAAAGUAUAAUGAAACAAUGUUUUAUCGAGGUGGUCAGCUAUAAUAUCCUCGUAUUUGAGCAAACACCAGACAAUGCAUAUUCCGACAUUGCCGAUUUGAUGGAAUCAUUUUGCCAAUUCAAUUCGCAACUUGUCAACAAAGUUCCUUUAGCUUACAUAGACACCAAUGUCGAUUGCAGUAAAUUGAUUGACUACGCGCUCAAAGCAAUCACACUACCAGAAACUGGUCCGCGUGGUCACGGGGUCGCAUUCAUCACCCAUUUCAUAAUGCAAUCACGAACAUAUAACAACAUUUACACAACUGUUCUGCAGAAGGGAUCGGACAUUUUGCGCACCGUUAUCAUGUGCAUCGGUGCUAUAACACCGCGAACGCAUGUUGAUACAUUUGCGUCCAUUUUUGUCGCAUUGAACAAGAACUUCCCGUCGGAAUACAUUGUUUGGAUGCAAGUGUUGGAAAUACCACAGUAUCCCACCAAUUUGAUUAGUGACAAGGAGAAGGAACAUUUUGCCAAAGCUCUUAUUAAGGAACGUGUUAAUAAACGAUUGGUGCAGACGCAUAUUCGGGUAUUUGCAGCACAAUGCCGGGGAAUAAUUGAAAAGGUUUAAUUGGGACAAGUCAACCGUUGUGAUCAUUUUAGUAUUUAUGUCGAAAAGUAAUUUUUGUGAGUGAAUUUGUGAAUAAAUUUUUCGAAGCUUAA